CCAAACCGGCGCUUGGCGGGAAGUCUACCUAAAUCUCCCUCCAUUUCUUCGCCUCCGUCCUCGCUCGCUCGACCGCCCGCCCCUUCCAGCAAUGAACCUUUGGUCUCACGCCGCCGCCGCCGACUCCGACUCCGACGGCUCUCUCCUCUCCGACGUAUCCGCCUCCCCGCCUCGCCGUUGCUCCCCACCUCGCCCGCCGCCGCCGCCGCCGCCACCGCCCAAACGCCGUCCUAGGCCAGAUCCCACCUCAAAACCCAAACGCAAGCCCAAGCCCACCCCCCUGCCCUCAUCGACCUCCGCCCCCGCCUCUGCGCCUCCACUCCCCGCCGCCGCCCUCUCCGACCCUCACGGCCUCACCGCACGCAUCGCCCCCGCCUCCGCGCUCACCGCCAACGCCAGCACAGUCUCCUUCUCCUCUUUCCGCCGUCUCGUUGAGUCGCGCAACCUCUCCAUCGACCCCGUCGCCACAUGCACCGCCCCCGCCCCCGAUCCCCCGCCCGCCUCCGAUCCCGUCCCCGCGGAGAUACCAAGCGCCGCGCCGUGCCCGUCCACGGCAGCAGCCGCCGCGCCCCCGCAGGCCAGGCCCAAGAGGGUGCAUCCCAACUCGGUGUCGGAGGUCCCCAUGGCCGCGGCCGAGCAGCCGAAGCGGCCGAGAGGAGGCGGCGAGGGCAACUUCGUUCGGCUCAACAUCAACGGGUACGGCCGGAAGAGGACAUUUAAGUCGCAGGCCAGGCGCUCGACGAAAUACCGCUCCUGGCGGCGGCAGCAGCCCGGCGGUGCAAAGGCUCGAGGAGGCGUCGACGAGGAAGGGGAUUUCGUGGCGGAGGCGCUGCUCGAGCGAGAGAAGAAUGGUGCGGGAGGUGGCAAUGGCGUUCUUGAGGCUGUCGAGGUAGCGAGAGAGGAUCCAUCCGAGCAGAAUCUCGAGAGCUUACUCAGGCUGGUAUUUGGUCAUGAUUCGUUUCGCGAGGGUCAGCUUGAAGCGAUCCAGAAUGUAGUUUUAGGGGAGUCCACGGUGCUUGUGCUGCCCACUGGCGCGGGCAAGUCACUGUGCUAUCAGUUGCCUGCUAUGAUUCUGCCUGGAUUGACACUGGUUGUGAGCCCAUUGCUUUCCUUGAUGGUGGAUCAAUUGAGGAAGCUCCCUGCAUUUCUCCCAGGCGGCCUUCUUGCUAGCAGUCAGACUGGUGAUGAGUUUCAUGAAACACUACAACGUCUGUGUGCAGGGGAAAUAAAGGUUCUUUUUGUUUCCCCUGAGAGAUUCUUGAAUGAAGAAUUUUUGCUGAUAUUCAGGGACACACUGCCGAUAUCCCUUGUAGUGAUCGAUGAAGCUCAUUGCAUUUCUGAAUGGUCUCACAAUUUUAGACCUUCAUAUCUAAGGCUUCGAGCAUCACUACUUCGGAGAAAGCUUAAUAUUCAGUGUAUUCUUGCAAUGACUGCAACUGCAACAACCCAAACCUUGCAGGAGAUAGUGAAUGCCUUAGAAAUACCGUCUGGUAAUCUAAUCCAAACAUCUCAAGUAAGGGAAAAUCUACAGCUGUCUAUCAGCAUGAGUGAGAACAGGUUGAAGGAUUUAAUGUUGCUAUUAAAGUCUCCCCCUUUUGUCGACAUGAGAAGUAUUAUUGUCUAUUGCAAAUUUCAGUCAGAAACUGACUAUGUUUGUAAGCACUUGUGUGAUAACAACAUUACUUCCAAGAGCUACCAUAGUGGACUUCCCAUGAAGAACAGGAGCCGUGUACAGGAGCUUUUUUGCUCAAACAAAAUAAGAGUGGUAUAUGCUUGCUUACUUAGUUCUUUGGUAAUUCCUAUUUCAUCAGUUGCACUAGGUAGGUCCAGAUAUCUAACUUUGUUUCUUCAUUCCUUGAUGAAGGUUGUUGCAACUGUGGCGUUUGGCAUGGGUCUUGAUAAGAGUGAUGUUGAAGGGGUGAUCCACUAUAGGUUACCAGAAAGCUUAGAAGAGUACAUACAGGAAACUGGCCGUGCUGGAAGGGAUGGACGAUUAUCGCACUGUCAUCUUCUUUUUGAUUCAACAACAUUCUAUAAGAUUCGUAGUCUUUCACACAGUGAUGGUGUUGAUGAAUAUGCAAUGAGCAAAUUUCUUUACCAGAUAUUCUCUUCUGGCAACACGACUGGGUGCAUUUGCUCCUUGGCUAAAGAGUCUACUUCACGCAAGUUUGAUAUAAAAGAAGAGGUGCUUUUGACAGUCCUCACGCAGCUGGAAAUUGGUGAUGAUCAAUAUCUCCAUUUACUACCUCAGUUCAGUGUUACAUGCACACUGUAUUUUCACAAGACGUCGCCGCAAUUGCUUGCUGACAAGGAUAUGCUGCUUAGAUCGAUUCUAAAUAAGUCGGAGAUGAAAGAUGGCAGUCAUGUCUUUGAAAUACCAAUAGUAGCUAAUGAUAUGAGGAUCACAAUGAAUGAAGUGUUUGAUCGUUUGCAAAAGCUAAAGUUUUCAGGAGAACUAUCAUAUGAAUUGAAAGAUCCAGCCUACUGUUAUAUGGUCUUAAAAAGGCCAGAUGACUUGAAUGCUCUUUCAGAAAAUCUCACGAGAUGGCUUUCGGAAGUAGAAAACUCAAAGAUCAGGAAAUUGGAUGCUAUGUUUGCUCUUGCGAACUAUGCUGUCAAAGGGUGCAAAAGAACUAGUGGCUGUUCUGGUUCCCAGCACACCCCAUGCAUUCAGAAGAGGAUUAUAGACUACUUUGGAAAAAAUAACGCCACAUCCGAUGAUGAUUACUGUACUCCACUCUGCAAGAGCAGCACAUUCUUGCAAUCCGAUAUAAAGGUAUUCCUCCAGAGCAAUUCGUUUGCCAAAUUCACCCCGAGGGCCGUUGCGAGGAUUAUGCAUGGCAUCUCCAGCCCAGCUUUUCCAGCUGCUACUUGGUCCAAAAACCACUUCUGGGGACGUUAUAUGGAGGUUGAUUUUCCAUUGGUCAUGGAGGCUGCCAAAUCAGAGCUUGUCAAAUUCGUUGGCAAAGGAGAAUAGUACUACAAUCUGGUAAGCAGAACCAUUAUCAGGCUAACCAUGUACAUGAGAAUGAAGUUGAAACGUGAUAGAAAUCUAACCACAGAAGGUUCGUGCCCACUCUGUUAGGAGUGCCAUGGCCACACUCGUAUAGUUGCUAUUCCAUUUGCUUAACACAAGUUGCCGUUGCUUAUGAAGACUGUCGGUAAACAUCGUACUAUAGAGGGAAGCCAGGUCCAUGUGAAGUAUUGGUUCCAGAAAUGUUUGCGUUUCAGUCAAGCUGGCUACAUGUGCUUUUCACCGUAUAAAAUGGGAGCAUUUAACACGCUCUUAUUGAGGGCGCAAGAUGGAGAAUAUAUGAUGUCCUCGUCUCGGCAGGAGUGUCUCAAGACAAGCAAAAUGAAGCAUAGCAUAUGCAUCCAUCUUUGGGCUCGAGAAUUUCACGGGAUAGAGAUAGAGAUAUGGUAUAAGAAAUAGGCUAUUAAGUAACUUGAAAUGAAUUGUUGAUACAUCUGUAUCCUUAACAUACCGAAACGAUUGCCAUUAUUCAUAUCAAACCAAUAGCGAUUCAUACAAGCUAAAUCUUCUAAUCAAUGAAUGGUGGCCACUAAUGAAUUUUUUUUA